GGUUUUGCCCCCAUGUCUUUGUUCAGAAAGUAUUUCCUCUCUCUGUGAAUUGCUUCCUACUUUGCCUAUGUAUGUGUUUUAAUGUAAUAUUAAAAGCUACAAGGAAUCCAACUUGUGAAACUGUUUGAAAAGCAUCUUAACUAUUCUGAGGUCCUGGAUAUGAAGUUCAUGACAAAUACAUCACAUCAUGCACAAUUCAUUAUAUUUUUUAUCAUACAGACUGUAAUGUUUUACUUCAUCUUUGUCAUUCUUAAUAUCAACAUAAGUUAUAAGCCACAAUAUGGCAUCCUCCCACGUCAUAAUUGUUCUGGAGCUGAAAAAGGAAAGGUAAUUCUUCUAUGGACAUGGCCCUUUGGUGAAAAAUUCUCUUUCGAUGAGUGUCGGCACACUGCUGAAAGCAGUGAUUGUGUGUUUUCAGACAACCGUAGUCUUUAUCAGUCAGCAGAUGCAGUAGUUAUACAUCACAGAGAUGUCAGUGUCUCCAGAGACUUAUUACCCCCGAUCCCAAGACCUGUAAGGCAGUAUUGGGUGUGGUUCAAUCUCGAGGCACCAAGCCACUCUCCAAACUUGGCAAUGAUGGAUAAUCUUAUUAACCUUACAAUGUCUUAUAAGGUUGAUUCUGACAUAUUCACUCCUUAUGGCUGGCUAGAGAAGCUUGAUACACCCCAAAAUUUCAUUAUUUCAGUAAAAUCGAAACUGGUGGCUUGGGUCGUCAGUAACUGGAAUCGAACCUAUGAUCGUUUUCAAUAUUAUGAAAAACUGAAGAAAUACAUGGACGUUGACAUAUAUGGACGGCAUCACAUGCCAUUGUCCAGGCAAAAUCUAUCUCAUGUAUUAUCAAAAUAUAAGUUUUACCUUGCGUUUGAGAAUUCAAAAGAUAAGGAUUAUAUCACUGAGAAGCUCUGGAAUAAUGCCUUUAUGUCAGGCACGGUACCAAUUGUUAUGGGGCCAACCCGCAAAAACUAUGAACGUUUUAUUCCAAAAGAUUCAUUUAUUCAUGUAGAUGACUUCUCUUCUCCCCAAGACCUGGCUAAUUAUAUCCUGGAGCUGGACAGGGAUGAUAAAAGAUACCAGGCAUAUUUCAGCUGGAGAACCUGGUUUCAACCUGUUCGGGUUCAUACCUGGGCCACAUACUACUGCAAAGUGUGCAACGCUCUGAAGGUUAUUCAGUCUUAUAGAAGCAUGCCAAAUUUGCCUGAGUGGUUCAGUAAAUGAUACCAAGGGUCUCUGAAGUUGAUUUCAUAGCGCAUAAGUCUGAAUGAGGGUUACUUUCAACCAUCCUUAUCAGAAAAUAAUUGAGGUGACUUUUAAUAAAUAUCACUGAUUAACUUUGCAUUAUACAGGACAAACUUCUUGCAGUAAACUGUAUCAUUGGGCUGAAAUUACAACAGGUUUACAAAAUGUGAAUAAACCCUUCUGAGGUAGGAAUGGGUUUAUUCACAGUUAUCACUCAUCACCUCAAUUUUGAUGGAUCUUGCUCUUAUGUUAUCUACUGAAUAAACAUACGCCAUUUGCAUAUACCAAAA